CUAACUACUCAGAAGUUGGCACUACAGUACACACAUUCAUCUGAUCCACUUUGAAUGCUGGGAAGAAUCAUUAAACCCCGGGUUAGUAAUUAGUUGGACAUCGCAUUACUACUACAUGCUUCAGUGGAUAGCUCCGAUUUCAGCAAUAGUGCACACCACAACCGAGGAGAGCAGUGAAAAGAAAGCGAGUGGCAGAUACGAUUCCCCGAAGCAGGGAGGGCGAUCCUCUCCGAAAAAAAGGCAAAUACAAGACUAGAAUGCCAAUGGGGAGACCAAGACGGUCCUACAGCAAAGCGGAGCGAGCCAGAAGGCUGAAAUGGAGAGGGUUGCAUUUCCCGUUCGUGGAAAGGAUGUAUGGAUGGAAGCACCUACCAUUAAGGAUGGUGUUGACUUAUGAGCAAGCUGCAUUAGCAGGGUUUAUCAACUGUAUAAAGAACAUUAAAGUCAAGAGGAAGCUUCAAGAGAUGCUGAAUAUUGAAACUGAUCGCAUCGUGUGUAGUAGGGAUCGCUGUGAGAUGAAAAGGCCAGUUUCUCCCAUACAGGAGCCAGAUAAAAGAGAUGACACUGAAUCAGACAUAGAAGACAGAGAUGACAUUAAAAUAGCGGACAACUGCUGCUUCAUUCAGAAAAUGAAACCACAAAAGAAAAAUAGACGUGCUGUAAGAAAAGUCAUUACAAAACAGAACAAAAUAAAACAAAAUAAACAUAGCAAAACUAAGAAAUCCACACACCGUUUAUUAAGCACAGCAACGAGGACUCUUGUUGAUGUUGCACCAAUCGCCACUGACUUGCCGGAGGAAACUGCACUGGAAAGUGGCACUGGUGAUGGAGCAGCUGGAAUAGACCUUGUUGACGAUCCUGAGCUCAAUGAAACGGUCUGUAGUGAUGGAGCGUUGGAAGGUUCACUUCACCCAACUGACAUUGAAAUGACCAUGAACGUGGAGGGGUCUAAAAUCUGGAAAACAAGAAGUCAGAAAAAGAAACAGGCAAGAAAUAUUAGUCAAGACGGCCCUGAUGUAGAUGUAGGAGUUGGAAACUUGAUAGGCCCUCCCAGCUCUCUCAAUCACUCUACAGUUCCUGAAGAUAUGGGAGAUGCCACAAUGAAAUAUCAGACUCAAAAAGCAGCCAGAACACCUAGUGAAAAGAAGAGAAUGAUAAUGUUUCAGAACGACACAGAUACCAAUAGUCUGUCCCUGACAAACAAAAUUAAGAAAACUAAACAUGACAAAAAGAAGAAUCGCAAAGACAGUUUAACAAGCACAGCAGAGGGGACUCCUGUCGGCGGUUCGGUGGUUUUCAUUGGCUUCCAGGCCCCUGUGGAAAAUACACUGGAGAAUAGCACUGGUGAUGGAGAAGCUGGGAUAGAGCUUAGCGGUGAUCCUGUUACACGUGCAGACUUGGAAACCAAUGAGCCAAUCUGCAGUGAUCUUCAACCAGCAGACAGCGAAUCGAAGAACCUAAAGAGCAUGAACGUAGACGCAUCUGAAACCUGUAAUACGAAAGACCGCUUGAGGAUAAAGAAGAAAAUGGAGAAACGGGCUAGAAAGAGCAGUCAAGAUAGCACAUAUGAAGAUGUAGUUGGGAACUUGGUAGAACGCUCCAGCUCUCCAAAUCUGGCUACGGUUCCUGAAGAUAUGGGAGGUGCCAGUGCCACGAUGGAAUAUGAAACGAAUGAGGGGCCUCAGCUCAACGAAGAACCCUGCAGUGACAUCAUCCUGGAAGGUUCUCAUGUAGUAGAUGAUCAGGUGGAGAACCCAAAUAGCAUGAGAGCAGGGGCUUCUCGUAUCUGUAAAACCAAAAAUGGUCAAAAACAGAUGAAGAAGAAUCGGGGAAGGAACAUUAGCCAAGUUGGCACUAGUGUAGGAGUUGGGAGCUUGGUAGAUCCCUCCUCCAGCUCCCCAAGCCUAUCUACAGAACCUGAAAAUAGCAAGGAUGUCUGUGCUGCCCUGGAGCAUCAAAUAGAAGCAGCUGAAACAUUUAGUGAGAAGAAAGAUAAAAAAACAAGAAAGAAAAAGGGAAAACGUGACAUGGAGGUAAUGGAAGGAACGAACUCAACAACGUCCCUUAAUCUUUGUACAGAAGAGAUACAUGACGGCAUAACUGAUAAUUCAGAGAUUGGAAACCUUCAUGAAAAUAGGCAUACACAUUGUGAAAGUGGUGCAGAUCAAACUGGUGGUGGAUUAGAAAGAGACGGUUCUAACAUAGAGAUGGGAAGAGGGAAAGGGAACAGCACAGAUCAUAAUUUGCCUCCAGUUAAAAGAAAGAAGAACGUGGAACAGCAGAGUGUACCUGAUGGCCUGGAAAGCCAGGAAACGGAUUUAGAGGCUCAGGAUGCUCCAAGGGAAUGCGAGAACCUGAAUAGAAGUAUUGUUACUACAGAUGAGAGCACACUGUUGAAGAACUUGGAACCAGGAGAAUUUACACACACAAAGAAAAAAAGCCACAAAAAGAAUAAAAGUAAAAAGCACAGGGUGGGGUAUGAUAUAGAAAUGCAGGGGCCACAUUUAUCUCCUCCGAACACUUGUGAUCUUCUAGUUGAUGGAGGAAAUGAGCACACGGCCAGUAAGAAAGAUAUUAAAGAUACAGAUAUUGCUGAAUUAAGAGACUUGAGAACAAAGAAGAAAAAGAGUAAAAGAAAACGUGCAAAUGAAGAAAUGGAAGCUCAAGGUAUCCUGUCACCUAUUGUUGCACCCAUUUGCGAACUAUACGUUGAUGGGAGGUUGGAGACCAUAGACGUGAAAGAAGAUAUUUUAGCAGAGAGUGAUACUGCUGAACUAGGAGAAUCAAGAAUCGUGGAGAGAAAACAAUGUGUAACGGAUGGAAUGGAAGCACAGGGGAUGCGUUCAUCUCUAACUGCAUGCAAAUCCUCCCUUGAUGCAGGUAUUUCACAGGACGGCAUAUUGUUAAAUGGUGGUGGACAAGAAAAACCAACAAAGAAGAAAAAAGGCAAACAGAAGAACCAGAAUGAUAGACAGGAAAUGCAGGGACUUCGUCCUACAUCUGUUGGUGAAUCGCUAGCUGGAGAAGUGACGACAGAUGAAAUCCAAAAACAUUUUGGGACAUCUGGGGGAAAUGAGAGUGUUAGACCAGAAGCCUUAGUGGAUUUAUCUAGUGAAUCAAACUCUGCAGGUGAUUUGCUGCAGGGUGCGAAACAAAAACGGGGCAAGUUAGAGAAGAAGGGGAAAAACGGCAAGCAGGAAACCACAAGUUCUGUUUUAGCGUGGCAGCUUUCUGAACAAACUUCUGGAAGAAAGGGAGAAAAAAUGUCCACUAGUGGUAAAAAAACAAAGUGCCAAAUAAACUUCUACGAAGCAGUGGAGGAGAAUGGAAAGCCAGCUAAAAACACCUUGUUGAGUAUGACCUCUAUAGAAAAGGGUAAAGGAAAAUCUGCAAAUGCAGAUUCCAGAAAGUGCAAAAGAAAACUGUUUAGUAGUGCCUUUUAUGAAAUGUUUGACUCUACAUUCUAAUUCUAGUACUGUUUGUAAAUCAUCAUUUUUUUUUUUUUACUCUGAUGAUUAUUUUUUGUUCAUUCUGCGGGGGUACCCUACAUACUAGUUCCCAAUAUGUAAAGCUACUUUUAAUUUUAUAGUUCGUUGUUAUGUGGAAAACAGAUGCAAGUUGGAGGUCUUUUUUUUUUAUUUUAUUACUUUGUAAUGCAAUGGUGGAAAUAAAUUGCAUCAGUGAAAAUUGAAAUGAGCCUUUAGAAAUUAAAAGUUGUAUAUGUGUGUACAGAAAAACUUGUAAAUGUUCUUUAUAGCGUUUGGUGUUCAAGUAUUAAAAUUCAUGUUUUCAGA